CUAGGAUGCCAUGUUUGUUGUGUUUGCCGUGGAAUUGAGCGUGAAAUAACGGGAGAAAGCGAGUCUGAUAUCGUCAUGGUGGAGUUUUUGGCUCAUGAAGACACUGGAAGUUUGCGGUGACAUAUACUGUAAGGUAAGAAGACAAGGAUGGUUUUGCGCAAUUGACGGUGGAUGGAUGGAUAGAUGGAUGGAUCCUCACUCAUAAACAGAUUCUGGGCCCAAGUGGAUUUGUUGUGUAAAUCAAGACUCGCCUCGGAUGAAACUAAUUUAGAUGAUAAUCAUGAAGGUUUGUUUGUCUCGUUUCUUUACGUGUAAGACAUCUCAGGAGCGUCAGUAAAUUGUUGGAAAUUGGGAAUGACAAGAACUCGUCAUUGAGAGCGUCCCAUGUUGGUGAAACUGCGUGACAUUUCAUGUACGCAUUUGAGUUUGUUCUGGGGAAAGAUUGAAUUGAAAAGCAGAAGGGACUCGGGCACCUUUCGGUGGUGAAGAUGAAGGAGAAGUCGAAGAACGCGGCCCGCACGCGUCGAGAGAAGGAGAACAGUGAGUUUUAUGAGCUGGCCAAACUGCUGCCUCUGCCGUCAGCCAUCACCUCACAGCUGGACAAAGCCUCCAUCAUCAGACUCACCACCAGCUACCUGAAGAUGAGGAUAGUCUUCCCAGAAGGUCUUGGUGAAUCGUGGGGCCAUGUGAGUCGAGCAAGUUCUCUGGAUAAUGUGGGUCGAGAGUUAGGAUCACAUCUGCUCCAGACUUUGGAUGGCUUCAUUUUUGUGGUGGCUUCCGAUGGAAAGAUCAUGUACAUUUCUGAGACUGCAUCAGUGCAUUUAGGACUGUCACAGGUAGAGCUGACGGGGAACAGCAUUUAUGAAUACAUCCACCCCGCAGAUCAUGAUGAAAUGACUGCGGUACUCACGGCCCACCAGCCCUACCAUUCACACUUUGUCCACGAAUAUGAAAUGGAAAGGUCUUUCUUUUUAAGAAUGAAAUGCGUUCUUGCAAAAAGAAACGCAGGUUUGACGUGUGGCGGUUACAAGGUAAUUCACUGCAGUGGCUAUCUGAAGAUCCGUCAGUACAGUUUAGACAUGUCCCCGUUUGAUGGCUGUUAUCAGAAUGUGGGUCUAGUCGCUGUAGGUCACUCGCUCCCGCCUAGCGCAGUAACCGACAUCAAGCUCCACAGCAAUAUGUUCAUGUUCAGAGCCAGUCUGGACAUGAAGCUUAUCUUCCUGGACUCCAGGGUUGCAGAGCUCACUGGAUACGAGCCUCAAGACUUAAUAGAGAAGACACUUUAUCAUCACGUCCACAGCUGUGACACUUUUCAUCUCCGCUGUGCACACCACUUGUUGCUGGUAAAGGGACAGGUCACCACCAAAUAUUACCGAUUCCUGGCUAAGCAGGGUGGUUGGGUUUGGGUGCAGAGUUACGCUACUAUUGUUCACAACAGCAGAUCGUCCAGACCGCACUGCAUAGUCAGUGUUAACUACGUCCUCACGGACACAGAGUAUAAAGGACUACAGUUGUCCCUAGAUCAGGUGACAUCCACCAAGCCCUCUUUCACCUACGAAAGCCCCUCCAACCCCAUCAGUGAGAACAGAAGAGUGGGCAAAAGCAGAGUCUCCCGUACAAAGACCAAGACGAGACUUUCUCCCUAUUCACAGUAUCCAGGCUUCCCCACAGAUCACUCCGAGUCGGAUCAGGAUAGUCCAUGGGGUGGGAGCCCUCUCACUGACUCUGCCUCGCCUGAGCUUCUGGAGCAGUGUGAAGGCACAGACUCCUCAUGUGUGUAUCGACAGUUUUCUGAGCCACGGCCACUGUGCUACAGUCUACCACUGACAGAUGAUAACCACACCACCAGUGACCUCUAUGGCCACUCUCAAUCUCAGUCCUGUGAGCAGGGGCGCUGCAAGGCUGGCCGAUACUUCCUGGGCACUCCUCAGCCUGGACGAGAAGCAUGGUGGGGUGUGGCCCGCUCUGUCCUCCCAUUACCCAAGUCCUCACUCGAGAAUGGAGAAAGUUAUGAAGGUGGGAUGCCCCACAUUGCCUCUGUCCACAGCCUGCAAGUGAGGGGUCACUGGGAUGAGGACAGUGUGGUCAGCUCACCUGAUGGAGGCUCAGCGAGCGAUUCUGGAGACCGAUACCAUGGUGACCAAUGUGGAGCAAGUCCCCAAGAGCCCAGUAAGAUUGAGACAUUGAUUCGAGCUACACAACAGAUGAUAAAAGAGGAGGAAAGUCGUCUGCAGCUGCGAAAGGCUCCUACAGAGAUACCUUUGGAGCCUGCUAACGGUCUGGCUAAGAGCCACGGACUCUCGUUCGGCACCGAGUUUCCCCAGUCAAUAUUGCAUGGUGUGGUAUGUCGGGGGCAAGCUCAAGUGAUAAGCCCAUCCCCUAGCCCUGUUCUUCUUUCUCGCCUCAGCAGCCCCAACACUGACAGACUCUGCAAAAGUAAAGACUUCCUGCAAACUGAACUCUCUUCUUCUCAGCAACACCAGCAGCCAUUGCCUCUGACGGGCACAUGUGCUGUUUCUCCAACUCCAGCACUGUACCCCUCACACCCACGGCAGUUCCUGGAAAAACACACAGCCUACUCGCUCACCAGCUACGCACUAGAACAUCUGUACGAGGCUGACAGCUUCAAAGGAUACUCCCUGGGUUGCUCUGGUUCCUCCCAUUAUGACAUGGCCUCUCAUCUACUAAUGCAAGCAGAACAAGCACCCAGCCAUAAAGGCACCUCCGUCAUUAUAACCAACAGCAGCUAAUCCUUACUGAAUCACGUACCAUUAUUCAGUACUUCAGCAUCUCACCCAAGCUAGCCUAUUAUCAUUUGUUUGGAGGAUAUUUUUUAAUUCCUAUAAAUAUUAAGGGAUGUGUGUUCCAUCAAAGGGACAUUCCAUUCAUGUGUACACAAAUGAUGACUCCAUGAAAGGGUUUGUCAAGUACUUUUUUAUGCCUAAUUACCACUUUUAUUUCUUAAUAACUAUUUCACUCUAGAUUGUGUUAAUGGAACUUAGAAAAUAAUUUCUGGAAAAAGGGGAAGAUAUUACUUAUAAGAAAGAUAUAACAUGAUCUCCACUUCAAACUGAUAAAAGCACGUCAAAAUGGUGGUUUCAAAAGCUAUAAACAGUAAAAGAUAUUUUUGCUUGCAAUUCACAUUUGGCUCUAGGUUACAGAAUUGUUGGGAUACAGAUCCUUUUUUAUGUAUUUGAGCAUUUCUGCAUCCGUACCCUCAAAUUCCAUCCAGAUCAUAGCAUUUGCCCUCUUUAGUUGAUCAAACUGGCCUUAUUUUAACCAUUUCACAUGUGGCUUUGAGGCAACAGAUGGGAACUAAUUACUUUUAAUGAUACAAGCAAUCCAGAAGUACCAUGUUGACGUAUCGUAGAUUAUAAAUUGUUACUUAAGCAAAAUGCAGCAUUAAAUUAUUAUUGUUUAAAGUUGUUUAAUUAUAUUGUAAAUUGAAUCUUUGCUCAUUUCGAUUAGAAAAACUUUUGCUGUCCGUCUGUUUUUGGAACCCAUUGUGUCUUUUAAGUCGCAGACUGAAAAUUAAAUAUUAAUCUUUUAUUUAUUUAUUUUUCUAAACAAAAAAUGAUGAGCACAUUAUGUUAUUAACUUGAACAAAAGGUUUUGAAAUAUAUCAUUUUUUGUCAAGCCUCAUGUCAGCCUUUAAAAUGAAAAAUAACAUUAUGCAAUUAUAAAGGACGUUUGAUUUUAUUCAAACAAGUUGAACAAUAAUAGAAAUGAGCUACAUUAUGACACUUGCGCUGGAUUGGUAUGCAGUAACAGUGGAUGUGGAGAUGUGCUUAGGCAUGAAGAGUGAUUGACUGUGCUGCGGUGCUGCAGAGGGGACACUAGAUGGGCUUCAGUUGUGCUGCUCUUUGGUGAUUUGGGGUUCCACACUGGAGGAGUCCAAAGUUUAAUAUAGACGUCAAAGUGGAGCUUUUUUGAGGGACUUUACCCCCCUUUUCCUCACUCCAGCUCCAUGUAUUUAUAAGACAGAAACUAGCUCUGUUUAGAAAGCAUUAUCUUUUGGAAUGAAAAAUAUCUAUAUUUAUGAUGUACAUAUACUCAAAAAUCACCCACCCUCACCAAAUAAAGCGAUGCAAGCAUUGCAAAAUGUAUUUAUUAUGUGAAUGAAAAUAAGUAAUUUGGUUUUAAAUAUAGUUCCUAUCACAAACAGUGUGUUUAUUUAUAUUUUUAAGUUCUGUAUACAAUUCAAUGGUAUUAUUUCCAU